AUGCUCUUCCGAGUCUUCUGGCCCAGCCCGGCCGAUCAGACUGGAGUGUUGGUUGGAUGGUGGCUCACAGAAGAGGGCUAUGUAGUGAAGGAUGCGGGAAAGGCCCCGCCUCCACGCGCAGCCUUCGUGGCUUGCAUCCGGCCCUCCCUCUCGGAAGCCGAGUCUCAGCUUGCAAUGCUAAAAAAGGCCAAGGCCGUUUCGGGACGCGCCGAGAUGUCCUGCCUCGCGAUCCUCGGAGAUUCCCAGGCUGGAGCUGAAGCCGAGCAUCUUGGCACGCAUGGGAGGCCCUGCCUCCGCAGUCAUUGCGAAAAGAAUGGGACCCUACGUGUUUCUGUGUCUGGGGCAAAGAUCCCCGAGCCAACCUCGGUCCAAAUCGUCGUGUAUCAUCUUCCCACACGGCGAGGAGUCUUGACUGAAGCAGUCCUCGGCGUGCGCCCUAAGUGGCUUGACGCCGUGGCUUCCUCUUCUGUGCCAACCCAGCUAGAAGCUGUACUGCCUUUGCUCGAUCUCGCGCAUGAAGUGUCAGAAACCACCGAAGCUUUUCAGUCUCUCUCGGCGGAACGGCCCGGCGCUGGCAUGAUCCGCUGGGUGCUAUCCUGCGCUUGUGCUGUUUGCAGCAGCUUCAGUGGACUUCUUCUUGGCUGCUUCAGCUGGCGAUUGGACCGGAGUGCUCUGAUUAGCCAGCUUCAAAUUCGGCUGCAGCUUCAGUCGCAAUGGCUGGCUUGCCAAAGUUCGUCGUCUGACGGAGCCCGUGCACGUCUUGUGCUGACUGCCUUGGUCUUCUCCUCGCUGGUCGAUGGUUUUCUGGGUGCCUUGGUCGUCAGCGGCUUCUCAUGGUUCGGUGGCGACAUGCUGGCGCCUGCAAGGCUUCAUCAGUGGGCCUACGAGGUAAAGCUAGUGAGCCUGGUGACCUGGCUCAUGGGCGCGCCUGCAGAUUUCAAGCUGAACCGACAGCUGACCUCAUUCGCGGGACACCUCUUCCUCUCCAUGUUCUCUUUGUGGGGCCGCUGGGUAUUACAGCUGCUGUUGGCCGCUUCUGGUGCUAUCCGGAUGCUGUGGGCGCUCCACUACGUCCGGUCUUUCGACUCUGUUCUGAUCAUUUUUGGGUUCUCUCUGGGCUUGUCAGGCCUGGUGGCUUGCGUCAUGGAUUUGAUCGCCAUAGCCUCGCUACCCCUCUUCGUGGCUUACCUGGGAACCUGCUUGUGCUGGAAGAUGGCCACACGCUCUCUCUACACGUUGAGCUUGCUGUUUCAGGGUUGGAAGCACAAUAUCCUUCGAUCUCGGAUUGACCACCACAACUUCGACUUGGAUCAGUUGCUCAUCGGAGUCAUCCUGCUGUCAAUUGUGGUUUUCCUCUUGCCUUCGCUCUUCAUGUUCUACAGCUGCUUUACAUGCUCCUGGCUCUUGGUGCUGCUUGCCCACUACAGCCUCGGCCUGCUGGUAUCCCUCUGUAACCAUCAGCCGUCUUGCCUCGUCGCCCUGGAACCCAGGGCCCGGCGCCUCAUGCUCCAAGUGCUCGAGCUGGAGGCCGAACCAAGACCUUCCCAGAGCACGCUGUCCCUGACCCUGCUAGAGCCGGUCGGUGCCGAAGGCCCAGCGGCUGGCCUUUCGAGGGCUCUCAAAGGGGCCUUUCUGCUGAGCCCCAUCAGCCUCAAGACCUGGCUGAGCUCGGUGCUUUUCGGCGAACCCCUGCCUCUGUGCCGCCUCUCCCACCCGAGUCCGCUCUGUGAGUCAGAGCCGGCACGACUAGCAGAGGUGCUGAGAUUCAUCUGGAAAAGGCAGCGCAUGUCUCGGGGCUCGCAGCCGUUCCAGCCGAGGCCGCGAAAGGCGACGGUCUGUCAGCAGAGGUCGAUUCAAGCGUGGUGUUCGCACGUUGGACUGAGAGUGAAGAUAGCCGAUGGGCAGCUGGACUUCAUUGAACGCGGCAUGCAGGCGGCCCCGGCGGCUUCCAGGAUCCGCGCGACGCCCCUCAUCCGCGCUGCCGAGCCAAAGAAGCCGGCACCGCGAGCGCAAGACCAGGAGCGAAGUGGUUCCCUCUCUGCGGUGCCCAAAGCACUGGCACUGCUUGCGGCCUUUCCUGGUCGAGGGAGGUCACUGGCGCUUCGUGCAGAGGAAAAGGUCCGUGAUACCGACGAUGCCGUGGCCGAAGCCCGUUGGCAGCUGGACCGGCGCUUCGUCGGCAUUGCCCUGCCGGCCUUCGCGCAGCUUCUGACAGAGCCCUUGGCGACUGUUGUUGACACUGCAUGCUGCGGACGUUUGGGUGUGGCCGCAUUGGGAGGAAUGGGUGUCGCCGUCUCCGCCCAGUACUCCCUGACGAAGACCUUCAAUGACCCACUGCUGCGGGUGACUGUGUCUCUGGUGGCGACCACGCCCCCCGAGGAUCGGCGAGAGGCAGUGUCUGCAGUGGUCUUGUUGGCGCUUCUCCUGGGCUUCGUGCAGGUGGCAACAUUUGGAGUGGCCACAGGCAUUGCCAUCCAGGGCAUGGGCGUGGAUCCAACCUCGUCGAUGUUCGGGCCAGCGGUGGCCUACCUACGCUUCAGGGCGCUGGGUGCACCCUUCGGCUCAAUGCUGCUGGCUCUCACGGGCAUCUGCCGCGGUUUGGGCGAUGCCAGGACGCCAAUGGUAGCCUCCGCGCUGGCCACUGCUGUGAACGUGUUCCUGGACCCACUGCUGAUAUUCGCCCUCGGCUGGGGCUGUGCCGGUGCGGCCGUGGCCACGGUUGCUGCGCAGUUUGCCGGCGUCAUUUGCAUCGCCUGGAAGCUGCGGGCCCUCUUCAGCGGGUCAAGGGCUCCGCGAUGGGCCAGCAUCUCGGCGGCACUCCGGCGCUUCGUCACCACCGCGGGCGUGAUGAUCGUGAGGAAUUGGGGCAAAGUCUUCUGCUUCACUUUCCUCGCCAGGCAUGCCGCGCAGCAAGGAGCCAUCGUAAGUGCUGCCUACAGCCUCACCUUUCAGCUCGGCUUUGCCACCUCUCAGGUAGCAGAGUCGCUGGCGACGUCGACACAGGUUCUGCUGGCCCAGGCUUUGCGCGAUGACGGCUCCUUCGCGCCCCUGUCUACUUCGAGAUCUGCUCGGCAGGUGGUUCUGCGGGGCUUGCAGGCGGGCCUGAUGCUGAGUGCCGCCCUGGGCCUUGUGACCUUCGUGGCGAAGGACAACGUCCUGCGCUUCCUCACCAGCUCUGGCCAGGUCCAGGCUUUGGCCGGCGCGGUGAUGCCGUGGGUGCUGGUGGCGCAGGCCGUGAAAGCCAUGGCCUAUCCGACCAAUGGUGCUCUCAUGGGAGCCCUGGAUUGGCUCUGCUCCGCGUACAUCCUCUGGAUCGCCAGCUUCCUGGGGCAAGCGCUCUGCAGGUUCAGUGGAGGCUCGGAUCCUCGUGGUGCUCUGGUGAGUCUAUGGUUGGGACUCAUUGGGUUCUUCGGCACGCAGCUUGUUCUCGGCCUGCUCCGGAUUUUCUCGGCACGAGGCCGCUGGAAAGUUCUCAGUCUGAAGAAUUGA